GGCGGUUGGCGGCGCGCGCCGGGGAGGUUGAGGUGGAGGAUCGCGCGAUCGGCCCUCCGUAGCGGUUACCGCCGGUCGCCGAGGACAGUAUCCUCCGGCGGCCUUGUCGGCCUCGGCGUCCGGGCUGUGGGACCGCGCGGUACUCUCCCGCGCCCCCUUUGCCAACGUUAGGCUUGGGGCCGAGCCCACCGCCCGCCCCCCAGCAUGCGCACCUCCUACACCGUGACCCUGCCCGAGGAGCCCCCCGCUGCCCCCUUUCCCGCCCUCGCCAAGGAGCUGCGGCCGCGCUCCCCUCUCUCCCCUUCCCUGCUGCUCUCCACCUUCGUGGGGCUCCUGCUCAACAAAGCCAAGAAUUCUAAGAGUGCCCAGGGUCUGGCCGGUCUUCGAAACCUUGGGAACACGUGCUUCAUGAACUCUAUUCUGCAGUGCCUGAGCAACACCCGGGAGCUGAGAGAUUACUGCCUUCAAAGGCUCUAUAUGCGGGAUCUCAGCCACAGCAGCAAUGCACACACGGCCCUUGUGGAAGAGUUUGCAAAACUAAUCCAGACCAUAUGGACUUCAUCCCCCAAUGAUGUGGUGAGCCCAUCUGAGUUCAAGACCCAGAUCCAGAGAUACGCACCGCGCUUCGUCGGCUAUAAUCAGCAGGAUGCUCAGGAAUUUCUUCGCUUUCUUCUGGAUGGACUUCACAAUGAGGUCAACCGGGUUACAGUGAGGCCUAAGCCCAGCCCUGAGAAUCUCGAUCACCUUCCUGAUGAUGAGAAAGGGCGACAGAUGUGGAGGAAAUAUCUAGAGCGGGAAGACAGUCGAAUUGGGGAUCUCUUUGUUGGGCAGUUAAAGAGCUCCCUGACGUGUACUGAUUGUGGUUACUGCUCUACAGUCUUUGAUCCCUUCUGGGACCUCUCACUGCCCAUUGCUAAGCGAGGUUACCCUGAAGUGACUCUAAUGGAUUGCAUGAGGCUCUUCACCAAAGAGGAUGUGCUUGAUGGCGAUGAGAAGCCAACAUGCUGUCGCUGCAGAGCCAGGAAACGAUGUAUAAAGAAGUUCUCCAUCCAGAGGUUCCCAAAGAUCUUGGUGCUCCAUCUGAAGCGGUUCUCAGAAUCCAGGAUACGAACCAGCAAGCUCACAACAUUUGUGAAUUUCCCACUAAGGGACCUGGACUUGAGAGAAUUUGCCUCAGAAAACACCAACCAUGCUGUUUACAACCUGUAUGCUGUGUCCAAUCACUCUGGAACCACCAUGGGCGGCCAUUAUACAGCCUACUGCCGAAGCCCAGUGACAGGCGAAUGGCACACUUUCAAUGACUCCAGCGUCACACCCAUGUCCUCCAGCCAAGUGCGCACCAGCGACGCCUAUUUGCUCUUCUACGAAUUGGCCAGUCCACCCUCCCGCAUGUAGCAGCGAGGAGCGACAGCCCUUUCUUCUCCCGUCCCUGUGGUGGCCUCACACCCCAAGUUUUUCUAAAAAGACAAAAAAAAAACCAAAAAACAAAAAAAAAAACCUGACAAAUAAGAGAAAAAUAAAAUAAACUAACGCUGCCGAGCCGGAGUUGCUGCAGCCUGGUCAGGGCCCGAGUUGGGAGCCGGGUGCUCCUGAGCCAGCUUGGCCAGGAAGAUCGAGAGGACACGGAGACAGAGACCGAGCCAGCACAGUGCCCCUCAGCGUCUCUUGUUUGCAUUUAAGCUUGUGGUUUCUUCCUGUGUGUAACAAACAGCUACGUCUGUGGGGAGAAGAUCUGUGUCACUUGCUGCGGGCUCCAGUCCCUGCUCCUCCUGAGAAGACAGCGCCCUCUGGAGCCUGCUGGGAGGAUCGCUGCCCGAAAGCACUGGUGCCUGAGCCAGGCACCCCAUCUUCACCUGGACCCUGCUCACAGGUCCAGAAGCAAGAAAACACCCAUGAGCCAAGAGCCCUCUUAACGCUGCUAACUCCAGGGGGACAGACGAGGGGACAUCUUUGAAAAAAAAAGCUGUUUUGGUUUUUAAAAGCCCAACUUUUUUUUUAGUUACCAUAACUAAAGUUUUCAGACUGGAGAUGCUCUCCUUCACACCUCUUCACAGCUGGGACAUUGUGCUGGUCUUGUCUUUUUUUUUUCUUUAAUUCUUCAACGACAACUUUUCCAAUGCUAGCCCCCAGUGGUGCUAGGUGGAUAUUGGCCAGGCCCCAAGCACAGCACAGUAGACCUGAGAUACAAGUUUUUCGUUUUUGGUUUUUUUAGCGUUUUGGAUGGAAUCUAGUUGCCUCCAAGAAUUGUGCCUUAUAGCAUUUGGGGACCAUGGGCUAACUGCCCCUCCCUGAAAUGUCCCUCAGCCUCUUCCCUUUUCCCCAGUGCCAUGUUCACACCGGCUGGGGAAGAGCGGGGCAUGCCCUGAGCCUCUAGCUUACUUGCACUGCAGUGAGGCGACGAGGAGAGUAGGUCAAAGAUUUCUCAUGAUAGUGUAUCGAGUUCUUCCGCCCACUUCCUCUACCAACCCCAGUCUACUUCCCAGCUGUUUGAAGGAUAGCACAAGCCCCUCACCCCUAGAGCUUCUCACCUUUAAUUUAUUUCCCCCUAAGCUUUUCUCCCUGCCUGGCCCCACACUCCCUUCUCAGAGCCUCCUAGACAUGUAGGCCCUUUGGACCGAGUUUCUCAGGGAUGCCCAUGCCGCCCCUCAGCUCCUCUGGGCAUUGGUCGUCAGGGCUGCCUGGGAGCAGAAGCCUGGGUGAGGACAUUUUGCCUCAGCUGUAUGAUUCUUUCCCAGGAGCUUGACUUUGUCCUAAGUGGUCGGACAAAUCUCUGCUGUCCCAGAGAGUAAAGCUAUUCAACACAAAGCAUGGAACUCUUCAGCACCCACAAAGCUGGCCUGGCUGUGCCCCUCGAGCCUGGAGCUUUCCAAGUGCUCCCAGGAGGAGGCAGCAGAGAAAGACACCCAAGUUUAACUGGCCUGACACCCUUCUCCAAGGGAGACCUGUGAACCUGAGCCAAAGGGCCGGUGUACACUUGUUUACUGUGUAAGCAAGAGCAGAAGAAUGGCUAAUGUACAGCAGAACCUUGUACAGAAUAAAUAAUAGCUUUGAGAAA